AUGUUGAGGUCUCUUUUUUCCUUUUCCAGCUGUCCGACUUGUGGAAAUAUGCUGGUGGUCAGUCGAGCAACGGGUGAAAAUAAAUUUGAAUGCCAGAGUUGCCCUUAUGAAUAUCCAGUCUAUCGAAACUACACCGAUCGAACUGUAUUAUCAAGAAAAGAAGUCGAUGAUGUUUUAGGAGGCGAAGAAGCAUGGAAGAAUGUAGAUCAGACUGAAGCUCCAUGCCCCAAGUGUGAAAAUAAUCGGGCAUUUUAUAUGCAGCUUCAGAUUAGGAGUGCAGAUGAACCUAUGACCACUUUUUAUAGGUGUACCGUUUCACAAUGUUCGACUCAAUGGCGAGAUUGA